UUCCAGGUAUCCAGGAGACCAAGGCUGGGGAAGCUGAAGACCUUCCAGGGACGGGCCUCCUCCUUCUGCUGGAGGGACCAUGGCAACGAACGGAGGAGCGGGGACCUUCUUAUCUGUCUUCCUGCUGUGCUGCUGGCCAGAUGUGCAGCCCUGGCCGAAUAGAGAGUUUUCAGGUUCACGUCCUAAACAACUCCCAAGCUUUAAAACUCUGGAUGAAGACAUAGCUACAGUAUUUGAUGAAAUUCUAGUCCAGGAGAUUUUGGAGCCAAGGAAACUAUCAUAUUUGGAAAAUCCAAGCCCAUCAACAACCUCACAAUCAAAAACAAUGAAGGAUAAAAAAGCCCACAAGAAAGAAUCCAGCACUCCUAAGAAACAUCAAGAGAAGCAAUUAUCUUCUGGGAUCAUAGAUACCCUUUCCUUUGAUGAUGGAGAGAAAGAAACACUUUUUCAGAUGAAAAGCCUCGAAGCUCUGGAGAAAAUCAUUGACACUAUUCGAAGAGCUAUUGGAACUCAUCUCAAGAAUAACCGGAAGUUUCGGAAAAGCAGGAGAACCAGACAACUCCUGGGGAAACUAGUCUAGCCCUAAGUACCAAGACUGGCAGAGGGGCAAGCCACUGCCCAACCCGGGGACAGAACAGAGUGGGGGCAGCCACCACUCGUGUGAAGAACUGCACUCAAGGAGCACCGAAUAAAAUUCGCAUAUUUAAAUA